AUGUUAUGGAUAGCUUAUGAAUAUUCCCGAAAUACUGCCAAAUAUGAAACGAUGAGUGAUUUACAUGAUGUUGCGGCAGAGAGGUUGUUGAAUAUGCUAAGAACAAACAGGGGCCUUUAUAUCAAGCUCGGUCAGGCAAUUGCUAACCAAGGAGAUUUCUUUCCCAAGGAAUAUCAAAAGAGAUUUGUCAAGUUAUAUGAUGAUGCGCCGGUAGAUACAUGGGAUCAGGUUGAUAAAGUAUUGAGAAAGAAUUUAGGUGAGAAUUAUGAGACGGAAGUAUUCGAAUGUAUUGAUUAUAAUCCGGUUGCAAGCGCUUCUAUUGCACAAGUACACAAGGGCAAAUUGAAACCCCAUGGUGAGGCUGUAGCCAUUAAAGUACAACAUCCCUAUAUUAAUGAGCAGAUAGUUAUUGAUCUAUUCAUGUACAAAUUGAUUUCUAAGAUUUAUGAAAGGGUAUUUAAUAUACCUCUAUCAUUUUUCACGAAAUAUGUAUCAGAACAGUUGAUUGAAGAAGCGGAUUUUGUAAAUGAAAUGAAAAAUGCCAGCAAAUUGAGGGAAAUAAUCAAAGAAGAUAAAAGUAUGAACAAUACCAAUAUCUAUAUCCCACAUAAUUAUUCUGAUUUAUCAAAACGACAAGUCCUCAUAACUGAAUGGUGUGAUGGGAUUCCUCUUGCAGACAAAGAUACAUUAAUUGCUUCUGAUAUUGAUUUAACUGUAACUAUGAAGCAGUAUAUCAAGGCAUUUGGUAAGCAAAUUUUUGAAUAUGGAUUCAUUCAUUCGGACCCCCAUCCAGGAAAUCUCUUGGCUAGAUUUGAUAGUGAGGGAAAGCAGCAACUUGUGAUAUUGGACCACGGGCUUUACAUUUCUCUCCCUAAUAGAUUUCGUAUCGAAAACUGUAAACUUUGGGAAUAUUUAUUCUCGUUCAAUACUGAUGGAAUCGAAGAAAUAGGCCGCGAAUGGGGAAUUGGCUCUACCGAAUUAUUUGCAACUUUGGUUCAAUUGAGGCCACUUAAGAUGACCCCCCAAUCUACUAAUAGAAGUGAGUCUGAUAUUAAUAAUUUGUUACAUGAUUUUUUAAGUGAUGAAGAGAACUUCCCGGUUGAGCUUUUAUUUUUAAUGAGAAAUAUGCGAAUGAUUCAAAAUUUAAAUCGAAACUUUGGCAGUCCAGUUAAUCGAAUUAACUUGUUAACGAGUGAGCUGAUAAAUGCAUUAAUACUUGAAAAUUCUCACUCUGUUUCAACUGCAAGUGCAAAGAUUUUACAGUAUUUCAAGUUAUUCAAGGUUAGAUGUGUCUUAUUUGUCAGCAAUUUGGCUUUUUAUUUGGUAAGACUUAGACAGGUUUUAUCUGGUGACAAAUACGGCGAUAAAAACAUUGGGAUUGAGGAUUAUCUUGAAGUAUAUCUUCAAAAUACUGCACUGUCACUAGGUAUAGAUUGGACAUAG